CGUUGAUCGACGUCACACUCCUUCCUAGCUAGAAGCGGUGCAGCUAAAAGAAAACAGUUCCUCGUUUUUAUGACUUUUUGGCUCGAAUCGAAGGACAAACAUGGAAAUCGGGACCGAGAUCAGCAAGAAGAUAAGAGCUGCCAUCAAGGCGAAGCUGCAAGAGCUCGGUGCUUAUAUCGACGAAGAGCUUCCUGACUACAUCAUGGUGAUGGUGGCAAACAAGAAGACCACUGAGCAGAUGGCUGACGACCUGUCCCUUUUCCUUGGGAACAACACGAUUAAGUUCACAGCCUGGCUGCACGGUGUCCUGGAGAAAUUGCGAUCAGUUGCAGUCGAGCCUACAUCGCUCCAAAGUCCGCUUCAGUCCGAUGGCAGCUCUGUGGCCGGGAAGAGCCAGUUAUUCGUAAGCGACGACCUCAGGACGGAUGAGCUGAAGUUCUUAACAGUGUCCAGUUCUCACUCGGAUAGGACGGAAGCAAGUGUAUCGAGUUCUGCCCACGAAAGCAGGAGGGGGGCCGUGGAGAGGACUUCUUCUCGACUUACCUCCGCUGUUAGACCCCUCAUCGAGCCGAUCCCCUCGGAGGCCGUUAUCGACAUCAAACCGGAGAUGGAUGAUGACCUCAUUGCUGACAACCCCGUAGAAAUAGGCUCCAACCAUGGUCGGACACGUGGUGCAGCUAGUAGGCCAACAGCGGAAAUCUACAGAGCGGGUCACAGCAAAUUUGCAUUAGUUAGCCCUGCAGACACAUUUAGGUCCUCAGAAGGAUCCUCUCACAGCAGGCAGCAGGAGAGCAGAAGCAGCAGAUCCUCCAGAUCCAGUAAGCAGGAGGAGUUGUCACGGAAGCGUAAGGCGCCAGUGGCGAGUUCCGUGGUGCGAGUGAACAGAGCAGCAGAUGAGGACAGUGAUGAUAAUGAUGAUGAUGAUGAUGUGGAGGAGGAGGAGCCAAGCUACGGAGGAAGAGGCAUGUCCAGUAGAGUGUCUCUGCCCUCCAAACCAGAGCGCAGACCCACUCUCCCUCCAGGCAAGCAGGCCAACAGGAAUCUGAUACUGAAGGCCAUCUCUGAGGCCCAAGACUCCAUCACUAAAACCACAGCCUACCCCAAAAUACCACAGAGGCAAACUGUUCCUGUGGCGCCUCGCACCCGCUUGGCCAGCAGCGAGGAGAUGUCGGCAGCCAUCCAGCUGGUUCAGGAUCACCUCCACGGUGUUGCUCCCAGGGUGCCAACUUACUCCCCUGAGCUGCCUCUGUCAAAAACACCAGUUCCAACAAGAUCUUUAGCCUCACGCCUCCAGCUGGGUGUGGCACAGACCCAUGUUGCAAGAGAGCAGAGCCACUACGAGCCUCAAGGUGUGGAGGUGGCUGCCGGCAGUGAUGCAAAGCCAUUCGAUACUCGCUCCUUCAUAAUGAGUCGACCUAAACUGGAAGAAUCUCAGACCACAACUCCGCAGCAUCUUCAGGUCAAAGGGGAAGUGCAUUCUGCUUUACCACGCACUGUCCAGGCCAGUAAGGAGAGGGGUGACUCCUCCAGCCCCAAGUUCAUUGUAACCUUAGACGGAGUACCAAGUCCGCUGGGGAAUCUAGCAGACUGUGAAAUGGAGAUGGAUGAAGGGAAUCCUCUCCAAAAAGUCAGUGAGGCGACCAUGCACGUCAACAGGCAGCCUAAAGUCAGCAUCCUUCACAGACUACAAGGAAUGAUCACCACAUCAGAGGAUGAUGGGAUGGAGGUUGAGAUGAUGGAUGAGGAUGCUGUCCCUUUAAAGAAACAGAAAGUCCAGGAGCGUUGCAAGUUCUGGCCGGUGUGUAAAAGUGGAGAUGAGUGUCCGUACCAUCACCCGACAACACAGUGCAAAACGUUUCCCAGCUGCAGGUUUGGGGAAAAAUGCCUCUUCGUCCACCCGAAUUGUAAAUACGAUGCCAGGUGCACAAAGCCAGACUGUCCCUUCACUCAUGUGAGCCGCAGGGGCCAACCCGCUCCUCCUCCAAAGCCAGCAGUGCAGCCAGUGCAAACCACGAGCGUGUGUCGCUUCUUCCCAGACUGCAAGAAGAUGGACUGCCCGUUUUAUCAUCCCAAGCCUUGUCGCUUUGCAGCCAAGUGUAAACGAGUUGGAUGUACCUUCUACCACCCGAACACAUCUGUGCCUCCAAGACACGCCCUGAAGUGGACAAAAGCACAGAGCAGCUAAUUAAGUCGGGCAGAAGUCCGAUGAUCAGGAAGAUAUGAAGCUGUGGACGAUGUUCUGGAUCUGUGUCUAUGACUCAUCAUUCUUGUUGCUCUCUCUUGGCCUUGUUUCAUUUUGUUUUAUCUUAUUUUAUUGGAUCGUUUGAACUUGUUUGUAAGAAAAAGUGUUUUGUAAGAUCACCAGUCAGAUUUUUGCUGGUGAUCUAAAACAUUAAAUUGCUCCUCACUGAA